AUGGUAGCAUCCAUCAUCGAUGCCUCCUGGCAUCGGAUGCCAGAAGACCAAUUCGGCCCCGGCCCAUCAUCCAGCACACCUUUCGAUCCAAGCUCAUCCACCUCCCACCAUCCUUCCUCCCCGUCCGACGAAGAAUACGAAUCAGAUUGGUCCUUUGAAGACACAGAAGAGCUCAUAACUCUCGAUCUUGGGCCUGAGCGUGUUGCUCGUCGUGCACUUCUUGGCCAUUCUGUUGGGUUAGACUACCAAGCUGAGAGUGGCAGUGUGGCUUCAGGCAGCGCACGUUCCAUCCGUGGUUAUCGUGGUGCUGAAGCUGAUAAACAGAACAAAAGGUCCGCUCCAUCCCGUGGCGGUGCCACAAAGACUUCCUCCGCCCAGAGCAGAGGUGCAGGCCCACAUAUGGGUGCAGGCAAGAUGCUCAGCAUUACCGGUCUCGACACUCCCACACCACUGAUGAAGAUCGAUGACACUGUUUUGAGGGGCAGAAGAAUGGACUUGUUCGGGACAGAGAUAGUCUUGGCUGAUGACUUUGACCCUACUCGCCCUAGAGGUAAUCAGCACCGGCUCAGACCUAUUCCACCAUCGAUAAACGAGAGAAGAGCAAACACGCAAUCCAGCUCAACGCGGAAACGAAUUCUCUUCAGACCCAUAUACGACCCGAAACAAAGGGAGAAUGCAGAGGAGAACGAUGCGAAUCUAACCGCGCUUCGUGCAUUGAUUAAACAGAAUCCGAGCCAGAUCAAUGUCGAAGCACCAGGAGACGAGGAGGAUGAUGAUGAUGAUGAUGUACCGUUGGCAAGUUUGGGCAAUCUGACUGCGACAGGUGAUGCGCCCCAAAGGAGAGUAGGGAAAGGAAAGUACAAGAGGAAGCAAGUGUCGGAGGAGGAACAGAUUAUUAGGGCUGCAGAGAGGAAGAUCAGGAAAGCGGCGAAGCAGCAUAUCAAACAGCAACAAGAAGAGGAGGCUGCGGCGAUGGCCCAGGAACAUGGUCAGGAACAGACUCAUGGACAAGGCAGCGAACAGCAAGGCGAAUACGCACAGGAAGAGGACGAGAUGCAACAAAUUCACGAGCGUCAGCCGCCACCAGCCUUUCAUCAGCAAUGA